AUUUCUCAAACUAAGAACUAAGAGCUUCACUUACACAUCUACUCUCUCAACGGAAGACAUGGCAAAACUCAUAACUUACCUUCUCUUUAUCACCAUUCUCUUCUCUUUCAUCUUUCUCACUAUGUCAAAAGAAACAGAGUACAAUCCAGAAAGUUAUGGAGCUGGAAGUCUCAAAUCAUACCAAUGUGGAGGGGAAUGCACUAGGAGGUGCAGCAACACCAAGUACCAUAAGCCAUGCAUGUUUUUCUGCCAAAAGUGUUGUGCUAAAUGUCUUUGUGUCCCUCCAGGCACUUACGGCAACAAACAAGUGUGUCCUUGUUACAACAACUGGAAGACUCAACAAGGUGGACCAAAAUGUCCUUGAGGAAAAUGAGAGAACCCCAACCUAUUUAGUACCUUUAUAAAAUUAAUUCUAGUAUGUUUUCAAAGUUAUGAUAAGGGAAUGAAGUUAACUUUAGUAUUAUUUACAUGUAUUAAGUAUCAUCAAUGUCAUACUUCUUAUAGAGUAAUCUGUUUCUUUUCUAUUUGUAUCUUGUAAUUUUGUUGUAUCCCUAUACAAAAAGUUUAUGUACCUUCAAAUUAAGAAAUAUAUUUG